AUGGACUCUACUUGGGCCUUCCCUCCGUCUUACCAGUACGGCGAUAAUAACAAAGCCCUCCAAGCCCUCGCCGAAGACUGGCCUUCUAGCAGCGCUAAAUCCUUGACCACCUCCAGGCUGUCAUUCAUCGACUUUCAAAGCUACGAACAAUACCCAGACGCCCCAGCUGAAUUCUUUAGAUCCGAUCUCGUUACCAGUAUCCCACAUACUGAGACCUUAAUACCCCCCCUGCAGGCAGCUAGUGCCGAUCCGACCCAAGAUGCCAAUGCCAAUCGUUGCAGUCCCAUCCAUGGCAACGCAACCCUACAGCUUAAUCCCCCCAGUGCCUCUGACGUUCCUAUCGCCGUGCAGAAAGCCCUACCCAGCUCAUCCCGUCGCGGUGUUUCCAGAACAAAGCUCCGAUUACACUGCCGCUGGUCGGGCUGCGCAUAUAAUGGUACAUUUGGGCGCAAAGCAGACCUGAUGCGACACAUUGAUAAUACGCACGUAGAUCCUCGUGCUCAUCGGUGUCUUUGCUGUGGAAGUCUAUUCAACCGCAAAGACAACCUAGACGAGCAUUUACUGCGCGUGCAUGCUCAGAACUGA